AUGUUCAACGUCCGGCAAGCAGUCGGAAAAGGUCUCGGCGUGUUUGCUUCGAGACCAAUCCUCACAGGCCAAAGAAUCCUCACUGAUCAGGCUCUACUCACAAUCACCUCCUCAGACAGCAACUCUAUCCUGCGACAAGCUCACCUCCUCUCAACAGCCGGCCGAGAGUCCUUGCUUUCGUUAUCAACAAACCCCAGCAAGUCAAGCGUCUUCAGCUGGCUAGAAUCAAUAUGGCGGAGCAAGUCUGCUCCGCAAAACACAGUGUCAAAUCACACCAUCCUAAACAUCUUUCGGAACAAUAACUUCAACAUUGGCAAUCAGACACAAGCACUCUUCCCUCGGGUUGCGCGACUGAACCACUCAUGUGUGCCCAACGCCCAAGGAAACUUCCACAAGGGUUUGAACGCGUUCACCAUUCACGCCACCAGAGACAUUGCGACGGAAGAAGAAAUCACAAUCUCUUACCUCGACGAGCAUCUGGGCUUGCGGCAGUCCCGCCAGACAGCGUUGCACAAUGGGUACGGCUUCACGUGCGCGUGUUCUGCUUGCAGCCCGACGACGGCGUCAGAAGCAGGCGAAGCGCGCCGGGCGGACAUCGCGCGCAAGCUGGAGCUUUUUGCUGAAGCUGCCUCUGAGGAUCCGGAAGACGAGUUCAACGUGAUGCUUGCGCUGUUGGACGCUCACGAGGCGGAGGCGAUCCGCGGCCGUGAGGUCUCGACAAUGUACAUUGCUACCGCUCGCCAAGCGUUUGACUUGGGGAAGGCAGAGGAAGGGCGUAGGCUCGCGUUGAAGGGUCUGCAGCUGGAGAAGCAGGCUGUGGGUGAUGACAGCCCGUUUUAUGCUGCUACACUGAAGGACGUAGAGGCUCUUGGAGUUGAGGUCAAUGUUGAGCUUUAA